GUGGUAGUUAAUCAAGAUCAACUAACACGAUAUAUAGUAACUACCAAAGCCGAAAACAUAAUUUCGAAUGAAGAAGCGAAGAGAGAAGCCCACCUUAAAAGAAUGAGAGGGUGGGUGGUAGUUAAUCAAGAUCAACUAACACGAUAUAUUGUAACCACCAAAGCCGAAAACGUAAAUUCAAAUGAAGAAGCGAAGAGAGAAGCCCACCUUAAAAGAAUGAGGGUGGUAGUUAAUCAAGAUCAACUAGAAGAGAAAAAUCGAAACUCACCUAGAAAGAAAAGGUGGUAG